AUUCAUCUACUUUAUUACUUUAACCCCAUUUCUUUCAUCUCUUAUCUUAACGUAUUGCAUUUCCAUUUUGUAGUAGCCAUGGCCAAGAUCAAGAGGCUUGGCCUGAUUAUAUUGAGGCUUGCUGCGUUCGCUGCUACCCUUUCCGCCACCAUUGUCAUGGCUACAAGCCAUGAGAAGGCCAGCUUCUUAACCAUCUCUUUUGAGGCCAAAUACUCACAAACACCUGCCUUUAAGUACUUCAUGAUUGCAAAUGCCAUUGUCAGUGUUUAUGGGUUUCUGGUUAUUUUCCUCCCUUCAGAAAGUUUGCUUUGGCGUCUAGUAAUUGCCAUGGAUUUGGUUUUUGCGAUGUUGCUCAGCUCAAGCAUUUCAGCAGCUUUAGCGAUAGCUUAUGUGGGAAAGAAAGGAAACACUUACGCAGGUUGGCUGCCGAUAUGUAGCCAAGUUCAAAACUAUUGCGACCACGUAAAAGGAGCUCUAGUUGCUGGUUUUAUUGGAGUAAUACUUUACUUUCUGCUUCUUAUGCAUGCUCUGCACACCGCCUUAGAUCCCUUUCUCCUGAAAAAGACUUAGUUUCUUCUUCACACCAAUCUAUGAGUACAUUACGUGAAACUUGUAUUGAUUUUAAUACUCUAGAGGAAAAAAAAAUCAUAUAGUAUACUACAGUGUAUCCAUACAAGCAAGUAGCAACAGUAGAGAAUUCAUGCUUAUAAGAUAUAGAAUAAUUGUGUCUUUUCUCCUUUUUAUCUAGAGUUUCUAGUUCAACAUGUGUAAGAAAAACUACAGUUAUGCAACUUUUGAAAGCAAAUGUUUUGUUU